AUGCCUAACAGAAAGACGCACCCACCAAGCAGUGACAUACAAAGUGGCCAAAAUGUUGACCCUUUUGUUGAUGAUGAAGUUUUGAAUGGUUAUGAUGAUUCAAUGUUGGAUGUAGAUAUGGAAGAUAAUUUUAUACCAUCAUCAGAAACCUUAGACGAAAAUGAGAUUAAUAAUCGAAUAGGCACACUUUGUUCCAAUGAAGCUAUAAAUGAGCGGGAUAGAAAAAUUGUGACAAUAUUAAGAAACAUGCUAGACAAAUAUAAUAGUUUGGAAAAGAGUUUUCGCUAUGCAAGAGAUAGGUACCAACAGAAAAAUUGUACAAACAUAAAGCUUAUGUUGAUUAGUAAAAAGACUACAGAUGGCAGGACAUACAAUUUGCCAUUUGCAUCUGAAGUGGCUGCAUUGAUUGAUGGCGAUGAUGGAUUUCGUUUGGAUAUUGCAACAUCAAAUUCUAUCUCUGCUAGGCCUACAAAGAAAAACAAAAACAAUCACAUGCGACAAUUCUUUGCUUUUCGACUACAAAAAAGGACAGGUGAAUCUCCAUUAAUUUUGAGAUCAAAGAGAUUAUUCCAAUGGUUUCUGGUAGAUGCCUACACAAUGGUGGAAUCAGAGAGGUUAACAUUCUUUAGGUGUAAACAACCACAGUUGAGGGUUGAUAAAUAUAAAUGUCUGCAUGAAAGUCUUAUAAACGGGGAUGUAGAUGCUGCAAGAUAUGCAGGAUAUCAUAGCUAUUUUAUCACCAUGGCCAGUAACCCUGAAUGGGAUGAGAUAAAAAGAGAAGUGACUUCCAUUGGAUUGAAGGCAGAAGACCAUCCUGAUAUAUUAUGUCGAGAUUUCAAGAUCAAACUUGAUGAGUUAACAAUAUCAGAUGAUGAGAUUAAGCAGCUGUGCUUAAUGGAUAUGGACAAGAUCUUAUAUUCCUAUGGUAAGACCUUAAAAGACUAUCCUCCUAUGACUUUAGAAACUAAAGCUGAUAGUUCUUUGUUAACCAAAAGGGUUAUUAGGGAAGAGCUAAACUUUAACAGGGAUGAUUUAAAGAAAAAUGCCUCAGACAUGUUAGCCAUCGCAACACCUGAGUAG